UCUCAUUUUUAGCAAGCUAGCAAACUUUAGUUAGUUUGUUUGCCAGUUGUGAGGUCAACUCUACCCCUCGUCCAGUGUGCGGUCUGAGCGAGCGAAACACUGAAUUUACGAACAGACAAUCUCUGACAACGCUCUGAAUUUAGUAACGCCAAGAGCGCACUCUGGCUCUCCAGAUUGAAUUUACGAACACACCCCUAGCUGCUGUCUGUCAUUAUAAUAGCUUUCACACUGUGGCUAACAACACUGGUUGAGAAUAAGACAUUUAAAUCCCAAAAUGGUGCUGCUGACAAUGAUCGCUCGGUUGGCUGAUGGACUGCCGCUGGCCGCAUCAAUGCAAGAGGACGAACAGGGAAGUGAGAAGUUGGGUCGGGACCUGCAACAGUACCAGAGCCAGGCUAAACAGCUGUUUAGGAAACUCAAUGACCAGAGUCCCACACGUUGCACAUUAGAGGCUGGCUCCAUGUCCUUCCACUACGUCAUAGAAAGACGAGUGGUCUACCUAGUGCUGUCUGAAGCAAGCUUUCACAAAAAACUUGCCUUUGCUUACCUGGAAGACCUGCAGGCAGAGUUCCAUGAACAGCACGGGAAGAAGGUCCCCACUGUGUCCCGACCGUACUCCUUCAUUGAGUUUGACACCUACAUUCAGAAGACCAAGAAGUCGUACAUAGACAGCCGAGCCCGCAGGAACCUGGGCAGCAUCAACACAGAGCUGCAGGAUGUUCAGAGGAUCAUGGUGGCCAACAUUGAGGAAGUGUUGCAACGAGGGGAGGCCUUGUCUGCUCUGGACUCCAAGGCCAGUAAUCUGUCCAGCCUGUCGAAGAAGUACAGAAGUGACGCCAAGUACCUGAACACUCGCUCCACCUAUGCUAAGCUGGCUGCCGGAGGGGUCUUCUUCAUCAUGCUCAUCGUCUAUGUCCGCUUCUGGUGGCUCUGAGAAGGGAGAGGAGACAGGAGGGGUUGGAGAAGAAGAGCUGAUAGGAGCUUAGCUGUGGUCUCACAUCCCAUCCAAUAUGGGAUCCCUCCUUUUAACACAAGACUGUUGAAGUAGGGACAGACACUGCACGUUAUUUUUCCAACUGUCUGUCCAUAGAUCUAUCAUGUAAUUACAAAUGUUAUGUUUUAUUAACAAUUACAGUCAUUCUAUAGUGGUUAUGCCUUGGAGUUGAGUGUUUGUAUUGCGUGUGAGUGUGUGACAGAGGACAUUUUAUUUUCCUGUGUGUGUGUGUGUGUGUGUGUGUGUGUGUGUGUGUGUGUGUGUGUGUGUGUGUGUGUGUGUGUGUGUGUGUGUGUGUGUGUGUGUGUGUGUGUGUGUGUGUGUGUGUGUGUGUGUGUGUGUGUGUGUUACCAAAACCUGUAUGAUAACAAUUCUUCUCUUAUCAAUUUAAUUGUGUAUACUUUGUAGCAGUACAGAAAAAAUCUACGUAAUUCUAUUUACCCAGAGGACAUCCUAAGGGCUUUGGCGUUAAUAACACUACUAUUAUGUUGGUUUGGUGGAGAUUUCUUAAAUGUUAACCUGCUUUACUGGGGUGAUCAAUCACAUUACCCGUGGUAUUGGCUGCAGAAAUAAUAUUUCUCAUUCACCUUCAUCUCCACACUGAGUGGACCAGUUUAACACCAGACAACGUCUAAAGGGUUCAUUUCUUAUAUUUUGGAAAAAGUUUACACAAGUUAAAGGCUCCACGAUAAAAACAUGUUUUAUCUAGAUGAGAAUGAUAGCUAGCUAAUGCUAUGUAGCUGGCUUAUGCCAAUUGUGGCAGGGUUAAUGAAUUUCAACUUAACUGUUUCAUUUGCUAUGAAUAAAGUGAUUUGCACAAAA